ACGGCACAUCUGCGAGCAGACGGGAUCGUGAUCAACACGAGCGGGGAACACAUCCACGCAACUUUUAGUCGCGGGGGAAAAGUUCUUUCCCGCUCUUGAAUUGGACUCGGCAGAGACUACAAACCUAGGAGAAGAAGUCCGGCCAGCAGCAGCAUCAUCACCGCCGUCCUCAUCAACGUCGUCGUCCUCUGCCGACGCACGGCGAGCAUGUCGCGGGAAAAGACGUCCGGCGCUCAGGAGAAGUUCCCAGCCAGUGCGGGGAGUUCCAUGGAGGGGAGAGAAAGACGGGGCGAGGUUGUGUUUCCUGGCAGGAGAACAAGUGCGAGGCGAUCGCGUCGUCCGGCGGGAUGUUGGCGUGUGAGCGCGCUUACGCACGCACGGCCAAGUGGCGCAUUGAGCGGGAGGAGCGAUCACUGGCGCGCGUUGACGCGACUCGCCAUCGCCAACUCAUACGUGAUAAGUAACUAUUCUGCAAUAUUCAUCAAGUCUUUCAAACAUUAGUCCCUUCAUAAAGAUGGCUUUUAUAAGUUUACAUAUCGCGGGAAAUGUGUUUUUUUUAAUCACUGGACAACUGCUCAUAUUUAUAAUAACGCUGGUAUAAAAUAAAACAUACCAAACCAACAGUUAGCAAUAAAUCCAUCCAUAAAAUGCAGAAUAAUAUACAGAUUAAUACUCCUAUACUGCCAAAUUAUGUGUAUUAGGGCAGCGGACACUGGCGCCAUCUUGCGGCGGCUUUAAGCACAGCAUGACGCGUUGAAAACAUAAAACAUGACAUAGUUGUAUUUUAUUUUUAUUUUUUAUGUAGAGUUAGGUUCUAAAAACUACACAGUCUUUAGAAAGACGUAUUUUAUGAUAUAUUACGAUGAAAUAUCUAUGAUAUUCCUGACCGGAUGGAGAAGGGGAGCAUUAUUUGGCAGGAAGUUUGGAAGGACGCGGGCACUCCCGGUCCAGCCGACGGGUCACUUUUCAGCAGCGGAUUUUUUUUUUUUUGCCAUAAAAACGAACGUCAGAGUUUUGGACAUCUUUAAAGACGUCAACUCCAACAUCCUCCACAAUGAGCUUGGACAAGCUUUUCCACCAAAUCCUUCUGACCGAACAACAAUUAAGUGAGCAAAAUCAGAAGUUAAAAGAAGGCUAUCUAGUGAAGGCGGCCAUUGUCCGAUGCAAUGGUGAGUUGAAAGCUGCCACUGAAAAGUACGACAAGACUUCUGAGGAACUGGACAUGAAGGAGCAGCAGUUGUCCUCCAUGAGGCUGCAGAGGGACUUGAUGAAUAAAUGUAAAGAAGAGAUGUCCAAACACAUUCAGGAGCUUCUCUGCCAAAAGAGUCACCUCAAGGAACGUCUGCAGGACAAGAUCAGAGCAGAGUUCCAAGACGAAGAGAGCGUCUUCCUGCAGGAAGUGUUCACCUUCAACAGUGACUUCAGUCUGGGCGGCAGCAGAGAGACUGUGUUGACCAGUCAAACACACACUGAGGUCCUGAACCUGGACAGACAGGUGGACUUGUUCCACAAAGAAAUGGAGGAGAUGAGUCAGAGGAACAGCCACAUGAGCGUCCUCAAUGGACAGAGGAGGACUCUCCAGCUUGGACUGCAAGCCCUCAAAAACAUGCACACAGACAUACAGCAGCAGCUCAGCCGGGCAGAAGAGAAGACACAAGCGCUUUUGGCCGAGAGACACCUCGUCAGUCAGAAACAUUUGACAGACAGCACCUGUGUCAGGAUGAGGAAGGAGAUAGAAGAGCACAAAAGAGGAGAAGUAGAGCUCCAGCGAGAAGCCCUCAGCUCAGAAUUGCACCUCCUCCAAAGUAAGGUGAAGAGUCAGCAGGGUGAGGAGCAGCGGUAAGAACAUCUCUGCUGACGUCACAGAGGAGGAGAAAGAAGGCAGGACCUCCCAUAUAUUGAAUUACACCUUCAACCAAAUAUUUGUUCUACUUUUGUGCUAUAAAUGUUUGACUUAUUUAAGUGUUGUUCAAAUAGUUCAUAGUUAAAGGAGUCAUUCAUGAUUAUUAGGCAAGGCAACUUUAUUGGUGUAGCACUUUUCAUACACAAGGCAGACUCAAAGUGCUUCACAGCACAACAUGUGCUACAACAAAGUGAAAUGAAAGAAAAUAAAAGCAUCAUUUAAUAAAAGCAUCAUUUUUUUACCCUGCCCCAAGUGGAGGAGUUCUAGUACCUGGGAGUCUUGUUCACGAGUGAGGGAAGAGUGGAUGGUGAGAUCAACAGGUGGAUCGGUGCGGCGUCUUCAGUAAUGCGGACGCUGUAUCGAUCCGUUGUGGUGAAGAAGGAGCUGAGCUGGAAGGCAAAGCUCUCAAUUUACCGCUCGAUCCACGUUCCCAUCCUCACCUACGGUCAUGAGCUUUGGGUUAUGACCGAAAGGACAAGAUCACGGGUACCACCGCCCGAAAUGAGUUUCCUCCGCCGGGUGGCGGGUCUCUCCCUUAGAGAUAGGGUGAGAAGCUCUGUCAUCCAGGAGGAGCUCAAAGUAAAGCCGCUGCUCCUCCACAUGGAGAGGAGCCAGAUGAGGUGGUUCAGGCAUCUGGUCAGGAUGUCACCCGAGCGCCUCCCUAGGGAGGUGUUUAGGGCACGUCUGGGCUUCCCUGAUUAUGCUGCUGCCCGCGCGACCCGACCUCACAUAAGCGGAAGAAGAUGGAUGGAUGGAAAAGCAGAAUUAAAAUGCAGACAAUAAAAAAUUAAAGAUUAAAAGAUUUAGCUGAAAGCUAAGGUGAAUAUUCUGUAUUUAUUCACUCGAAAUAAAAGGUUCAGGCUGACCUGAGUUAGUUUUAGUGUGGUAACAUGCUGCCCUCUAGUGGCAGGAGUGACGAAUGGCUGUAGGACCUGAGUUAGUUUUAGUGUGGUAACAUGCUGCCCUCUAGUGGCAGGAGUGACGAAUGGCUGUAGGACCUGAGUUAGUUUUAGUGUGGUAACAUGCUGCCCUCUAGUGGCAGGAUUGACGAAUGGCUGUAGGACCUGAGUUAGUUUUAGUGUGGUAACAUGCUGCCCUCUAGUGGCAGGAGUGACGAAUGGCUGUAGGACCUGAGUUAGUUUUAGUGUGGUAACAUGCUGCCCUCUAGUGGCAGGAGUGACGAAUGGCUGUUGGACUUGAGUCAGUUUUAGUGUGGUCAGCUAAUUAGGGGGCGGUUUUAUUAAGCUCGUGCUCAAGUUGAUACUCUCGCUUUUUCCGCAAGAACUCCACUGCAAGAGAUGGCUUAAACUCAUACUUGCCAACCUUGAG